CCCUUAUUUCAAUUUUCAUGAGAAGCAAAAAUUUGAAACGAAUUACUCUGUGGAAAGGUGACAAUCGCAGAAAGCUCAAAUUUUGCUGGGAAGCUUCAAUUUUGGACAAGGAUUGCGAUGAACACUAUUAAACAAGAGAAAGUAAGGAGAUUUGAGGAGUUUAUUGAUCGCCGUCUGAAACCAGAUCUUGUUCACGCAAUUGCUGAACGGGACAAGGUCUUUGAACAACAAAAGAUUUUCUCUGAUUUAAGGAGUAAUAUAGAGAAUUUGGAGAAGAACAAUGUAACUAAUCUGAAGACAUUGGUUAAUAUUGGCUCUGAAGUAUACCUGCAAGCUGAUGUCCCAGAUACAACACGCAUAUUUGUUGAUGUUGGACUUGGAUUUCAUGUGGAGUUCACUUGGUCGGAAGCUCUAAAUUAUAUAUCAGCAAGGGAGGAGAAACUAGCUAGGCAAAUAGAGGAAUAUACACGUCUAAUUGCAUCAAUUAAGGCCCAGAUCAAGAUGGUUUGUGAAGGGAUACGUGAGUUGCUCCAGAUUCCGCCAGAACGAGCUUACUAAGGUGUAUAUGUCUUAAAUUUCUAAAGGAGAGGGGAUUUCCCGCGACAAGCGACCCAAAAAGUGAAGAAUGAAGCCAACAUAAUCUUCUAUCCAUUGAAAGAGCUGUGCAAAUUUAAUGUCCAAGGACUUGUUUAUGUGUUCCUUCUUCUUGUUGAAAAAAAAAUCCUUUAGACACUGACAGUGGAAUUGGAACCACACCACCUAGUGACUUGUAUAUUUGUGGUCAAUGCUAAUGCCUAAUUGUGUGUUUCUGUAAAGUUUUAUUUUGUUGAGAUGCAGUAACAUGGACAUGAAUAACCUUGAGUUAGAGGCAGAUUCAACCAUUUGAUGUCUGACCCUCAUUUUAUAUUAUUCAUUUUUGUGGUUGAGUUA